AUGCUCGUCGACGACCUGAUCGCGCAGGUGCCAAGCGGAGAGGGCGGGACUGGGGAGGACACCUCGCCACGAGGAAAUUGGGGCGGAGAGCGACCGCCAUCGCGAUUGGGUGUCCAAGACUGCCGUUCGGCGCGUGUCUGUUGUUGUUAUUAUUCCUGUGCCAGGCGGAGAUGGCAGCGUGUGAUGGGCGACCGCGGGACAGACGAGCAGCGCGUGAUGGCAGCCAUUGCCCGCGAUAUCGCCUGCGCUCUGGAGGCGGCGAUGCGUCCGCUAAAAAGAACAGAGUUGGCGACGAGGGCGACGAUUCGACUUUAG